AUGGGAGACUACAAGACGCCAGCAUCACUGCAGGAGUUCACUCGGUUCGUGCCGCCAGGAUGGAAGCCGUUCGACGACGCAUAUCCGUUCAAGGCCUACAUGCAGAGACUUCAUCUAUGGUGGCGGCUGACUCCGCUGGACGAACGUGAGGCUGGACCAUCCAUGGCGGCGAGAUUGUUGGAUCGAGCAUUCACUGUCGCGAUGAACUUGGAGAUCACACGAGAUGGAGUGAAGCACACAGGUGACGCAGCCCUCUCAAUUCCCCGGCAAUCAGAAGAGCGAGACGCCAACGGGAACAUCACACAGCAAGCCGACAUAAGUGGAGCUGGUCACCUGAUGCAGAAGUUGACUGAGGCGUUCGAGAUUCACGAUCAGGACAAGCAGGGCGAGCGUGGCAAUCAGACGUUGCAAGAGUUUCUAUUGAGUUUUCGUGAGAGAUAUACCGAGGCGAAUGACAAGGCGGACUUGACGAUCAGCAAUGUUGGACUGACGCACAUGUUGUUCAAAUGGUGUGGUUUGCCUGUCAGGCGCAUCGCAGACAUUAAACUUCACAUCGACGGAGAUCUGGAGCAGUUUCAGACCGUGUAUUCAAUGUUAACAAGGAUUGCCAAGCAGGAGAUGGCAUCAGGCAGUGGACACGCACAUCACUACAUGGACGAUGACCAAGUUUCGGACCAUGUCGUGGAUUACUACCAGGACUACGACGACGAAGGAACUGGCGAGGCGACCUACGGAGCUUACGACGACAACGGCAUCUGGUACGAGGCCAACGACAUCGAGGCGUGGCUCGACGAGCAGGAGUUGGAUCAGGCGUACCAGAUGAACGGUUUCAGGAGACGUUUCCGUUUCGGCGGCUUUCGACGGAAAGGUAAAGGCAAGAGUGGCAAAGGCAAAGGAGGACGCGGACGGUGGUACAAGAGCAACCACUACGAGGAGCCGACGGACCAGAGCAUGUGGGGCGACAGGAAAGGUGGCAAGAAGUACGGUAAGCACAACACUCAGGACAGCAACAAAGGCAUCACGAUCAACCAGGACACCAUCGACAUCAGCGACGCGAGCAUUCGCCAGAAGUUGGACGUGAAGUCUUCUUCGGCCAAGCUGUCAGGCAUCGAUGGAGUUCCGAAUCCAUCACUGGGUUUGGGCAAGUUACCGUUGAACCUGGACGCGCUGCCCAACUCGAGUUUCACGAUGGAUAUGCUCGGUGGCAGCGGCAGUCGAUGCCCUCUUCUGAUGCCUUUGGAGACGAUGAUCAAUAACACCAUGGGCCUUCUCACCGGCAUCCUACCAAAUCGAGACGGAGUCCUUAUCAUCAACACCUUGGACGGCCUCGGGAACAAGGUGAGGCCGACCUGCUACGUGAGGGCUCUCUACACGGACUCCGGCCACUACCUGUUUCCGAUCGACGACCCGCAGGCUGGCACUGGUCGCGAGCGAGAUCGACUCAAGCAGGCGGUGAAGGCUUACAUGGCGAAAGUUUUAGAUGAGGACACACCCAAGAGCACCACGACAGUUUUGGAUACGGUACUGAUGGCAAACGCAGACAAGGACGACAAGCAGAUCGAGGCCCAUCAGUCACUGGACACCGGCAUCUAUGUACCUGACUCGCAUGGUGGCAUGCACAGCGGGAAGAAGGAGACGCUUGCCUUGUCCAAUACAUUGGACGCCGGCAGCUAUGUACCUGACUCGCAACAAGGUGGCAUGCCCAGCGGGAAGAAGGAGACGAUUGCCUUGUCCAGGACUGGAGCAACGGAGUUGGAUGCAACCAAGAACGAAGAAGCACAGACCUCAGAGAGUAGAAUGAGAGUGAGAUCGGAGGUCUACAAUGCCAUCAGCACCAACACCGACACGAUCUACUUGGACAGCAAGGAUUACUACAGAAGGUGGCGAACUUUCAAAGCAUCAAGAUGGACUGGUGUCAACAUGUGGCCCAAGAAGAUGGGCACUAACAAAGCCAAGCAGCUCGACACGGGCUAUCGGGCCAUGCCGGAGGAGUUCUACUUCGAGAGUCAACUACCUGUUGUGGCACCCGAGAACCUGGAGAGCUGGAUGGAGCACAUGAGCAUCUGCCAUGUGGACGUACAGGAGCGCAUGUCCGGCAGCAGCAGGUUCUCUCGGCGAGUAUCACUGCAGGGUCUCAUGGUUGGCUUUCCUGUGGACUAUCGAUAUGGCUGGGACAUGUCUGACAAGCACCACCAGAGGUUGCUGAGCACUUUUCGCGGCAAAUGCCACAUCGGCACAACCUUGUGGGCACCUACCUGUCAGCCAUGGUCCAUUGCCAGCAGACACAAGGAUCCGGCUGCUCUGGAAAGCGAGAGAAGAUCACAGGCACCAGCUAUCAUCUUCAUGCUGAAUGAUAUCAAACAGACAGCGGACACCGAGCAGCAGCAUAUCGUUGAGAAUCCACACAACAGCGAUUUCUGGAGCAAGUCUGACUACACAGGCGUGGUCGACAUGAACAUCGUGAGGAGCUACGCGGCAGACCAGUGCUCAUUCGGUGCGACCAACGAGCUCGGCGAACCAAUUCGGAAACGGACACGACUGGAUUCUACAUUUUCCCUGAGAGCGAGCACGCGACAUUGCAGAUGCAAGGUGCCUCACGGACACUUGACUGGCGCAGUCGACGGCAUCAAGCGCACAGCCAAGGCGGCAGUCUAUCCAAAGAAUUUCUGUGAUGCCAUCGUGAAGGACAUCAUCAGGAUCGUGAGGCGCCAGAUUCACUGGGGGUGCGAGAGGUGCCGGCUCGGCAACAAGACGGACGCAUAUCACACUCGCAAGCCGGGCAACUGCAGGAUGGCACCGCGCAAGGAGAAGAACCUCAACCUGUACCGGGAGCUCCGGGUGUUGAGAAAGCGGAUCACGAGCAAGCAAAGGGUGGAGGAGCCAGGGAUUGCUAUGAAGAAGUGGUACGACGUCAAGCCCAACUUCGAUCUCAGCAAGAUGGUCUCUCGCCUGAAGGAGGCUACCGACAAGAAGGAGAUCUUACGGUUGUUGCUGGGUUUUCACAUCAGGUUCUGGCACGCGCCCGUGCCGGACAUGGUGAUAUUCCUCAAGAGUGCAGAGUGCUGGAACAAGACGCUGGCCGCAGUUAUCACAAUGGUCUGUCUGGCCUGUUCUGUGCGCAGGGACUUGGCCAGACCUUUCACAAAACCACGAGCUGGAAUCACAGUACCACUACGCUUCAACCACAGAGUUCAGCUAGACUUGUUUUUCAUGUGGGACAAGGUGUGGCUUCUGGUCAUAGACGAACUAUCCAGAUACAAAGUGGCGGACAUCGUCGCAGAUCGCACGCCCAAGGAGCUACUGACUACUUUGAUGAGGUCAUGGAUCAGAUAUUUCGGGCCCGUGCAGAUCAUGGUUCUGGACCAGGAAGGCGGCCUCGUCUCAGAACUUUCUUCCAGGACGUGCGACAAGCUGAACAUCAAGCGACGAUAUGCCGGCACCGACGACCACACAAUGACUGGUCUGGUGGAACGUUGGAUUCAGCUGGUUCGGCUCUGUGCCAUGAAGCUCAAGCGCACUUGCACCACGCAGGGAUUCGAGGUCUCGGACACGGACUUAGUUCAGGAGGCGGCCAUGGUCUCCAACAGUAUGGUCAGCUAUGGAGGUCAGACGGCGACGCAAGUGGUCUUAGGCUUCACACCCAACGACUACUACGACCUCGAGGCCACCACGCUGGACUCCGUGCAGAGCGCCGACGUGAACUGCCCUGAUCCGUUCGAGGCAGCUGUCAGGCUUCGUCUCCUUGCGAAGUCAGAGAUGGCACGAGCGAUCGUUGAGGACAGAGUUGCACGAGCUAACAGGACACGCGUUCAACAACACGGACCCGAACAGGAGCUGAAGGUCGGAGAGUCCGUCGACAUCUACAGAGUACCAGACCGCAAAGAUCAGCCAGGUUGGCGCGGCCCGGCUGAGCUCGUCAAGAUCUCGGAGGGCACGGCAAUAGUUGUCUGGAACGGAGUACCCUACAUCCUGCCGGUGCGGUACCUCAGGAGACACUUGGUCGGCUUCCUAACUUAUCAGGCAACCAACAUCUCCGAGCUCAGGACGGGCGACCAGCAGAUGCUCAACACCCUGGGCAGGCUGAUGGACAUCGUGGACGGCAGCAUCUAUGGACAGGUGACACGGCUCGGCAGGACAAUCACACAGGAUGGUCAGGUCAAGUGCUCAUUUGAUGCCAAGACACUGGUAAAUCUUCAGCCCUGGAAGUUGAGCAUGAUGACGUACAGAACGAUAUUUCACCUAAAAGGUUUGGACGGCAUCUUGUACGGCACGUCACUACGCAGGGUACCACCACUACAUGCAGUUCGGUUCGGCUUACUUGUCUUGUGGGAACGAAAGGAUCGCUCCAACUACAUGACCUACGAGAUCGACCCGAGCAAGGGCGUGACAGUUGGCAGUCUGGUAAGUUUCAAGUGGGAGAAUACCUCGUUCAUGAUGUACUAUUCGAUACCAUCACAGUUGGACCCCUUCCUGGACGAGCACCACUUGCCAGACAUGAAUGACCUGUCUCGCAUCGAGCCAGUACUCGACGUGAACCGUGACGUUCAUGACAUGAUAAGUUUGCUUCCCGACUUGGACGACUGGAUGGAUCAGGACGUCAUAGCCGACACACAGCCAGCGGAGAAGAGUCAACUGGAUCAGGCUCACGAUCUCGACCUCGCGAAGGAAUUGAGUGACCUCGUUCAGGCAGACAUUGACGAUGAAAACAGCAUGCUCGUACCGCGGAUGGAGACCGCGACAGAGCUGGACCUCACGGGAGAGAUGGAGAACAUCUUGGACCAGACAGCAGAAGAUGGUCAGGACACUGGCGCUGUACCACUCAUGGACGGAGAACGAGAUCUCUUCGCUCGUCACAACACGAUGAACAGCGUCAUCAACUGGCAGUCUGGCGAAGCAGAGACGGUCAAUCAGCUGAAGGAGUCCUACAUUGACGACUCCCUCUCGCACAUCCUCGAGAGCCACAGUGAGGCGCAGUCAUACCUCUCUAGUAUCCGGAUGAGCGACCUGCCAUGGAACUCCAAGGAGGCUUUGUGGAGUAUUCGAGGACCAUGGCGCCAGGAUACUUGUUUUCUGUUCUGCAUGCGCACUGGUGAGGUGCAGUCCCAUGUCGGCGUGAAGGAGUCUGACAACCUGAGUGAGGAGGACGUUCUGACCCACUGGCAGUUAGUAGAAGAGGCUGACUCGAAGGAGCUGCAGGCCUUUGUUGAUCACAAGGUUUUCGCGUGCAAGGCACGGCGCACGAUGGGCAGCAGCAACGCCAUCGAC